AUGCAACCAGUCGUUGGUGAUUACCCAUUAGGUCGCACCAAAGCAUGGUCAACUGUUGUUGGAAGCUGCCUCUUGAUAUUUUUUGCUACUGGUCUUCCGACAGCAUUUGGUGUCUUCCAGGAUUUCUAUACACUUACAUGGUUGAACGACUCUUCUGCUUCGAAAGUCAGCUGGAUUGGCAGCACGCAAUUAUUUUUCGAACUAUCCUUCGCUCCGAUUGCAGGAAGCUUGUUCGAUUCCAAGCAUUUUCGAGCAUCAAUUAUUACUGGCUGUGCCUUAGUUUCCAUUAGCAUGUUCGCUCUCUCAUUUUCCAAACAGAACAAAUAUUAUCAGGUUUUUUUAUCCCAGGGGAUUGGUGUAGGACUCGGGAUAAGCCUGCUCUACUUACCUACUGCUGCAGUUGUGUCGCAGCACUUCCGAUCACGAAGAUCACUUGCUUUAGGCAUUGUCUCUUCUAGCGCGUCUUUGGGAGGCGUGGUUUUUUCAAUAAUGUUAAACAAACUCCUUCAUGGCACUAUAGGGUUUGCAUGGGCUGUCAGGAUAACCUCAUUCAUAAUCCUUGGCUGUAGCAUUGUUGGCAAUCUCCUGAUAGUGGAACCGAAACUCAUACAUUCACAACCACUUCAUCGGAAGGAAGAACACACAGCACUACCAAUAUGGGACUUGAUUUUUGCCCUUAUUCUGAUUAGUGCUUUCAUAGCAUCACUUGGGACUUAUUUUCCAAUCUUCUACAUCCAGCUUUUUGCCAAAAUGCAUGGAAUAGAUGACAAUUUAGCAUUCUACUCUGUUGCGAUUUUAAAUGCAGCAUGCAUGAUUGGACGUGUUGGACUUAACUUGUUUGCUGAUCGAUUUGGACCUAUGAACGUUUUAAUAGUCUGCCUCAGUGUGUGUGGUGGAGUGGUCCUCGCUAUGUUUGGUUGUACCCGAGCAGUUGGACUAGUUUUGUUUGCAAUCUUGCUGAAUGGUUUUCCGUGGACAAUAGUUUUGUCAGUCUAUCUUCCAACAAUUGCAGCCCUGCGCCAGGAUAACGUGGACAUUGGUAAACGUAUGGGAAUAUCUCUGGCUCCUAUUGGAAUCGCGUACUUAAUUGGAUCUCCAAUAAUUGGAGUUGCAUUGGGACCAAACUUUUCUUGGUGGAAGGGAAUCAUAUUUGCAGCAACUACAAUGAUCAUUGCUGUCAUAAUCCUAGUCAUUGUAAAAUUCCUUUCUUCAAAUGUUCUGUACAGACGCAGGGGCUGA